AUGGAGCCCCCUACUACUGAUAAAUCGUGGCGCAUCGUCGAGAACUGUCCAGUACAGAUCGAUACCGAGACCAAUGGUGACAUAGGGCUUUCUUCAAUCCACGUCGUUGGAGAUCGAACAGUGGCAGAUACAUUCUUUAGUGCCAAGGGGGUGGCAAACUUGGUUGGUGUUGCGAAUACACAGACCGUCUACAAUUCUAUUCCGAAUGAAUACCGGGUGAAAAUCAAAAUCAACAACACCUGUUUUGUUUACCUCGACACUACGGGGCUCAUGAUGUAUAUCAUGUCCUCUAAACGUGGACGUCAAACCACAUACAUACAGUGGAUAAUGAAAAUUGUCGCUGCCUACUUCACAAGUGACGUUGCGAAGAUCCAGGAUCUCGUAAAGCCCGUGCUUCAGGUGACAUUGGGGUCCAGAGGUAUCUCAAUGAUUGAUAGUGGUAUCUACAUGAUAUACAUUGGUAAGGUCCGAGACCUCAAGCACCUCUGCGCGACACUGCCAGCGAGCUGCUCUAAUGACGACGAUGUCUACAAAUAUGGCAAGUCCGACAACAUCCACCGUCGAAUGGGCGAGCAUAGUGUCUCAUUUAAGGAUGCUGAUCUCAAAUAUGCCGUGUACAUUGCGUCGCACCUGACCAGUACAGCGGAGCGGGCAGUCUCUUCACUGAUCAGUAGUCGCUCGGCAGCGACAAGAUUUCCGAUGAACAAGCAUCGUGAAAUUUUCUCCGUACCUGCCGCAAUGGCAAAGUCCCUGCUUGGCGAGGUUGUCCAUACUUGUCGCCAGGUCUCGGCUGGUGGACUCGCAGAGGAGCAGCGGCUGGCGGCCGAGUUGGAAAGAGUUAAAGAAGGUAUCAUUGCGGACAAUAAGUUGUAUGAGAAGACGCGAGCCACAGAGGCCAAGUACGCCAGUCAGUUGGCUGAUAUGACUGCGCGUGAAAACGAAAGUCUGCGUUCGACCCUACGUGCUUCAGAAGAAGCACGUAAGGCUGCAGAGGAAGCACAUAAGGCUGCGGAGGAUGUACGCUUAGACCUGAGUCAGAAACUCGCAUCGUCACAAGCGCAGCUCAUUGAGCUUUCCAUGCUGGCCCCGGCUCGCGAGACUGUGUGGGUGGUGAUCCUGUAUGUGUUUAAGCUGCUGAUGAACAAUUUGGCAGCGCUGGGAGUAACAACCACGAUUUUCCCGAAGAUUCGGUCGUAG